AUGUUAAAUAUAUUAUUGAUUUGGUCCAAACUCCUUGAAAUAGGAACUUGUGGGACUAUCAGCCCUACUAUUUUUUUUUAGGCACUCUCAUCAGAUAACUCUGAAGUAACAACUCUUAAGCUAAACACCGAAUAUAUAAUCAAAUUUGAUUUUACAUUGCCCUCUAGUCAUGAUUCAAACGUAGACUACUUUAAAAUAACACUAACAGGAUUUUCAUCAUUGAGAAAUCCAGAUUCUUCAAAAUAUUUUAAAAAUCCCACCACAGAUGGAAAAUCUUACAUUCGAUUUAGCUUCGAUUAUACUUAAUACACUCCGUCAAUAAUAUUUUAUGCUACCACAGGUGCAUCACUUGUGGAACAUACUUGUAAAGGUUAAAGUUUUUCAGGCACUACAGACCUUUCAAUUUACUCAAGUGAUAUAAAAACCUUUACCUUAGCAGGGGGAACAAUAACGAUAGAUUCCAUUAGUCCAUCAAAUAGGAUUUUCGACUUGAAAUCAACUUAUACUAUCAAGCUUACCUUUGAGAAUUCUCUAUCAGUAAAUCCAAAUUCAUUAACCUUUACAAUACCAUCAGGUUUACAAUCAGGCACACCAAUUACAUGCACAGGAAAUCCGUCUACUUCAAUUCAAUGUUCUUAUGAUUCAGAAAAAUAAUUAAUAAUAAUAACUUCUUUAGAUUCUACUAAGACAUAAACGAUUCUUCUUGACUUUAAUAACCCCAAGUCACCAACUACAUUUCUUACUUUUAAUAAUUUUAUUACAAAAAUUGAUAAUAUUUUAGUUGAUACAAGCAGCACUUCCUUAGUAGUCAAUGGGUACAAUGAUGGAAUACUCGCAGAUGUAUAAAUAGAAAGUGGAUCUUAUAAAGUAGGUUAAAAUGGAGCCUUUAUUAAAUAUACAUUUAAAAACAUAAAUGAUAUAGAACCUAGUUUUUAAUUUGAAUUAACCUUACCUAGUGAUAUUUAAUGGGAUUUAACAUCUAAAUCAUGUUCUUUGAGUGUGGCAGGUGUAUUAAAAGGUUGCGAUUACGAAAAAAGUUCAACGAAUGCUUAAUUGAUUACAGUAACAAUAACCAUAUCUAAUUCAAUAUCUGGAGGAACAUCGAUAAUAUUAACAAUUAAUUCAAUAAUAACACCAUAUACCUUCAAAUCUGCAACUGGAUUCUCAUUGAAGGUAAUUAAGGAUACUGUGGAAUAUGAUAAAAAAAUAUCCUUUGGAAGUUUAACAAUGACACAAUAAAGCGGCAUUACUUUAUCAUUUUUUGAAAAAACAGAACUUAAGAAUGGUGCUCAAUCAACUUAUACUUUUAAUACUUAAUUUGAAACUGCAUAACCUGAUGGCACAAAAAUAACAUUUACUCUACCAGGAUAUCUGUUAGACAAUGUGAACAAAGUAGAAUUUUAUAAUUUUAAUCCUUAUACUGGUUCCAAUCUAUUAGUUAUUUCAUCUGCAGCUACAAUUACAAUCUAAUUAACUGGAGCUUUAGAUAAGAAUUAAAUUUAUGUCACUAAAAUAUAUAACGUAGUGAAUAAAGAUAGUAUUGGCACAAUUACAGCUGAGACAGUAUUAGGCACUUAUAAGAUAUCAAGCACAGAUUAAGGCACAGCUCUUACUGUUUCAAGUGGCGACCCAAAUACUAUUACUAUUAAUUCUUUGGAUAUCGAAAAAAAAUUACUAGGAGUUUUAGAUACAUAUUAUUUUAAAAUACAAUUAUUUAAUUAGCCCUCUGAUGGAUCUACUAUCAUUGUGACUAUGCCAGAAAAUUUUUCUGUUGAUAUUGCGAAUUAGGAAUGUAAAGCAGCAGUGGAUAAAACUAAAGGCUUCACAGUAGAUACAUGUUAAGUUAAUAGCUAGGAAAUUAGUAUUAAAACAAGUGCGAUAAUAUCUAAAAAUUUGGAGUUUAGACUGAAUAACUUAAUUAGGAAUCCCAAGGUCUCUUAGUCUACUUACUUUUUUUAAAUAAGAACAUAGAGAGGUACAACUAUUAUAGAUGAAUCUAGCAGCUCGGAUUCAUUACUAUAAUUUAAAUUAAAUUGUCCUGCUACUCCUUCUUUAUUUUGUAAGGAAUGUGAUAUUUCCAAUAAUUGCUUAUCAUGUUAUACUGAUGUCUCAAUAACCCCUAAUAUUUACCUAUUUGAGAAAAAAUGUGUAAGUACUUGUGGAUAAAAGUAUUACAGCGAUUCUAGUAAUGCUUGCAAGAGUUGCCCAGAUAAUUGUUUAGAAUGCACUAGUAGUACUGUAUGCUAAAGUUGCAGCGAUGAUACAAAUUAUGAACUCAAGAAUAGUAAAUGUGUUAAGAAAUGUAAUGAGAAAUAAUUUGAUUAUAAUGGUAUAUGUACAUUGUGUAAUGAGAAUUGCAAUACUUGUAUAGAUCAAAGUACGAAAUGCACAUCAUGUGGAACAACCAAUAAUCUGCUUUAUUAAAACAAGUGUAUUUCUUAAUGUCCAACAGGAAUAUUUCAGGUUGGGUUCUCUUGCAUUGCAUGUACUUCACCCUGUAAAACAUGUAGCACUGGUCCAACUGCAUGUCUCACUUGUGUUGCUAAUUAUUAUUACAAAAAGACAUCAUUGAGUUGUGUUACUGAUUGUGGUACUAGAUAUUUCUAAGAUGGAAGUGAAUGUACUUAAUGCUCUGAUCCAUGCAAUAAUUGUUCCAGUAGCACAAUAUGUAUUGAUUGCAUUACAGGAUACUACUUUUUCAAUAAUAGUUGUAUAUCAACAGUGCCUAGUGGCUAUUAUUAAUCAGGCAAUACCUUAAUUAAAUGUCCUAACAUUUGUGGAAAUUGCAUUUCAGAAACUGAAUGUACUUCUUGUCCAACAAAUCAAUAUUUGUUAUCAAAAUAAUGCAUAGAUAAAUGUCCUGAUAAAUAUUACUCAUUGAACUUUGUCUGUUAUUCUUGUGAUGCCUCGUGCCUGUUAUGUUCCUCAAGCACAGUGUGUACUUUAUGUCCAGAUAAUUAUUUACAUUUGUCUGGUAAAUGCUAUUAGAAUUGUCCUACUAAAUACUACUCCUUGGAUUAAUAGUGUUUAUCAUGUCAAUCAUCUUGUGCCACUUGUGUGAAUGGUCUGGAGUGUAAGACAUGUCCAACAAGUUCACCAUAUAUGUCAAGUAAUCUGUGUGUUUCCACCUGCUUGGCCAAUUAUUAUAUAAAAGAGUAUGCCUGUAUCAAGUGUUCAAAUGAGUGUGCCACAUGCGAUGAUAAAGGCUGUCUUACUUGCAUAGAGAAUUACAAAUAUUUAAAUUAGACUUGUGUAACUUCAUGUCCUAGUGGAUAUCAAGAUGUACCUUAUAUUUAUAAUUACUAAGUUGAACAAUGUAGGAAUAUGCGAGAUUGUGACGAGUUCAGAGGAGCAAUUAAUAUCCAAUUUGUAAGAGAACAAGUACAUACCCAUUCCAUUCACAAUAGUAGCGAUAAUUAUGAUUUUGAGUGUUGCAGUGGCUAAGAUAUCUAAAUCUGAGGUAAUAAAUAAUGUACAAUAGUAGACUUUUAUUCCAGGUUCAGCAGUUGGUUUAUUGGGUCUAAUCAUUGUAGGUUCAUGGACAGUGCUACUUAUCUUAUAAUUGGAUUACAUUUUGGAGAAACUAGAAAUGUAUCUAAUAAUGGGUUCGAUUGGAGUUCACAUUAUAUUGAAUCUCAUUAAUCUAUGCGUUGUCAAACAUAGUACUAAAGGGGACAUUGCUUUUAAUUAGUGGUAUGCAGCAAGGAGAUCCAAUUCGUGUGCCUACAUCUUCCUAAAUGUAUUGUCUGUACUGAGUUUCACUAUGACAAGGUUUUAUUUUUCUAGGUACUUCGGAUUUAGAUUCUUAAAAUGUAGAUUAUCAGAUGUUGAUAAUAUGGUAGGGAUGAAUAUCAUCAAUGGACUCUGUGCAUUUGUAUCAUUAUUCCAUCUAUUCAUUUUAGUUUUGUUGUAUUCCCGCUUUGAUUGCCAGCGUGCUUCUAGCCUACAGGGAUCAACAAAGAGAGUAAUUAUUCAUAAGCAGUAUUGACUCAUUCAUAGUCACCAUUAUCUUUGCAAUCUGUUUGAUAUGUGAAACUCAAAAGGACGAAAACUUUUUUGAAGAAAACAAUAAUGGAUCUGCUCCACAUUCACUCUAAGUUAUUCCUGAUUACUUUUAAACCAAACGAUCCAAAAGGUUUUCCUUUGAUGAAUCCAUAAAUGGAUAAUAGUUUGUUAAGAAUGAGUAAGAUCAUGAGCCAUCUUUUCCAAAAAUUGAUGAAUCCAUUGAAUAUAAAGAUAAUCAAUCCUUUCAGAAAAUGAUGCAUUCUCAAAUGAUCUUCAAAUAAGAGAUUCCAGAUCCAAAAAAAGACAAUUUCAAUCUGUCUCAAGAGGAAAUGAUCAUUAAAAUACAGAGUAAUGAUGUUUCCGAACCCGUAUCAGUUAUAGAAUCAUCAAGAGAAUAUUAGAAUAGAAUUUAGGAAUAAAAGAGAUUAGAAGAAUUGUAGAGGCAGGAAGAGUUAAAGAAAAUAGAAUUAGAAAAAUUAGCAGAACUCAAAAGAAUAGAGGAUGAAAUCAAAUAGCAAGAACUCGAAAAAGUUAGAAGAGAGAAAGAAUUAUUACAAUUAGAGGAACAGAAGAAACAAUAGGAAUAAUUAAUUUAGUAAUAGUAAGAGACGAUGAAAUUAGAAAGAAUAAAAGAGGAAUAAAGACAGACUGAAUUGGCAGAGUAGGAAUAGAGGAGAAUAGCUGAAUUAAAGAGAAUCGAGGAAGAAAUUUAGGCAGAAAAAGUGAGAUAGGAAGAAUAAAAACUAAAACAAUAAGAGGAAGAGUAGAAAAGAUUAUAGGAGGAACUAGAAUAAAAAAAAAGAGAAGAAGAGAUUAAAUAAUUGUUGGAAGAAUAACGAUUAUAGGCAUUGAAAGAAUAAGAAUUACUUUAAUCUAAAUCAAAUAAAAUCAUUUUGGUAGAUCAGGAUGAUGAUGAUGCUGGAUGGAAUAUCGAAGAUGAAGAGAAUCAGGAAUAAAGUAUUGAUUAAGGCUAUUAAAAAUAACUACAAAAGGAAGUUAUUUUAGAUGAAAACAAUGAUGUUGAAGAUAAUUGGGAUGUUCCAGCACAGGGAUUUGUGAGUAUACAACCAAAAUCACAUCUAAAAAAAGAUAAACAAAUUGAAGAACCUUAAAAUCCAUUUAGAGGGGAGAAUUAAAGAUAUGUAGCUUAAUCAGACCUAUUGAAAUUCUCAAGUGAUGAUUAAGAUGAUGAAGACGAUUGGGCAAAAAACCAAAUAUCUCCCUCUGAAUUCAAUGUUCUUAAUUAAAGAUUCAAUCAAAAUGAUCACUCGGUUACAUAAGUUGAUCGAUCUAAUAAGUUCUCUUCAACAGGCUAAAAUUUUACAUCUCUUAUAAAGAGACCAACCUAACCUGAUCCUGAAACAAUUAGUGAUAGUGAUUCAGUCAACAAAUGUGAAUAAUUUCCAAAAAUCAAAUAAACUAAAGGACCUAAAAAAUAAAAUUAAGGGUAACAUAAAAGGAUGUAGUUAUAAAGAUAAAAGAUUUAAUAAAAAGGUAAAUAAAAUAUUAAAACUAAUGAUAUCCAGUUUUGA